AUCGAAAUUAGGUUAUGUAUGUCAUGUAUGUUUACCUUGUUCAAAUUUAGACAUUUUAAAAGCCUUGCCUUGAUCUCCAACAAUUGAUGAGUAUUGUUCGUAUAUUCUUCAAAAUAUGGAUACGAUAUUCUGUAAACGAGAAACCAGAAAGUUGUAAUUAACAUUCCUUUAUUUAAUCAACAUUGUAACUUCUUUGUAAUUGAACUUUUUACUCUACAAUGCCAAAAUUUUUUUCCGAUUCUACAAUCUUUAAUUACACUUGGGACCAAGUUGCACAAGGCUUUUGGAAAAGAUAUCCCAAUCCUAAUAGUAAACAUGUGCUGACUGAAGAUACAGUUGAAAGAGAAGUACGGUCUGGAAAGUUGUUUUCCAAAAGGCUUUUAACAAAGACUAAUAGCAUUCCAAAAUGGGCUGAAAGGUUUAUGAGCUCAAGACAUGUAAAUAUAAUUGAAGAAAGCAUUGUUGAUCCAAAAAAUAAAGUUCUUACUACAUACACAAGAAAUUUAGGGUAUGUUAAAGUGAUGAGUGUAACAGAAAAAGUAGUGUAUACCGAGAGUGAGGAACAUCCUGGUAAAACAGUAGCUAUGAGGUACGCCUGGAUUGAUUCACAAAUUAAAGGAUUUAGCAGAGCUAUUUGUGCAUUUGGCUAUGAAAGAUUUAAGAAGAAUUGUCAUAAAAUGGUGGGUGGUUUUAAUUAUGUCCUCUCCAACCUAUAUCCACAACAAAAUGCACUGACUUCAAGUUAUUCCACUGCUAAGGCAACGGCGAAACUGAAGGAUGCAGCUAAAAAUGCAUCUGAACUGGCAAAAUCCAAAGCUGCCCCAAUCUAUGCUUCUCUACAUCCCAACCAAUCGUAGAAGUAACUUAGAAACCGAAACAUUUAUUAUAUUAUAAUGUUAAAUUAUGUAAAAUUACUGUAAUUGUAUCAAAUAGAACAAAUUAAUGUCAUUUUGUAAACAAUGAAUAGAUUGGAUGCUUAAAAUGUAGACAUUUUUGAAAUAUCAUAGAAAAUUAUAAGCCAGUAGGUGUUAUUGAUUGGUAUUCAUUUCAAACAUUCUCUUCUGUAUUAUUUUUAUUAAGACUUUUGUUCAUUAUAUAGUGGUAAGAGUAUCACUACAUCCUCUACAACAUAUCAAUAAAUAUUUCUUUCUGAUUG